GUUUGAAUAAAGUUGUGUGAAACAGCAAUGGCGGCGUCCAGGAUGAGGGGAUGGAUGUUGCCGCUCGCCUUUGGCGUGACUCUCUUAAAGUGUCUGCUUAUCCCUACUUAUCAUUCAACAGACUUUGAGGUCCACAGAAAUUGGCUGGCCAUUACUUACAGUUUACCUGUCUCACAGUGGUAUUAUGAAGCGACCUCAGAGUGGACAUUGGAUUAUCCACCAUUUUUUGCAUGGUUUGAAUACCUCCUCUCCUUCAUUGCCCAAUUUUUCGAUAAGGAAAUGCUGGUUGUCCAGAACCUUAAUUAUGCCAGUAAUGCAACUGUACUGUUUCAGCGACUUUCAGUGAUCACCAUGGAUAUAGUAUUCAUUUAUGGAGUAAUAGAGUGUUGUAAGAACAUAAAUAGAACAAAGGAACCAAAGGAAAUACUGGAGAAGCCAGAUUUCAUACUUGCAGUGCUAUUACUUUGGAACUUUGGAUUACUGAUUAUUGAUCAUAUUCAUUUUCAAUACAAUGGCUUCUUAUUUGGCUUGUUGCUUCUUUCCAUUGCGAGGAUGUUUCAGGGAAGACAUUUGGAAAGUGCUUUAUUGUUUGCAGUCCUGAUGAACUUUAAGCAUAUUUUUCUUUAUGUGGCGCCUGCCUAUGGUAUAUAUCUACUACGUUCCUACUGCUUCACUAAGAAUAAACAAGAUGGAUCAAUCCAGUGGAGGGGUUUCAGCUUUUCCCGUCUUUUUGCCUUGGGAUUUAUAGUCUGCUCUGACUUUCUUGCUUCAUUUGGACCCUUUGUUGCCAUGGGUCAGCUGCCUCAGGUGCUUGCGCGACUUUUCCCCUUCAAGCGAGGCCUCUGUCAUGCAUAUUGGGCCCCAAAUUUCUGGGCUGUGUACAAUGCAGUGGAUAAAGUACUGUCCAUCAUUGCUGUGAAGCUGAAAUUACUGGAUCCUGAUCUAUUUUCAAAGGCAUCAAUGACAGGAGGAUUAGUCCAGGAGUUCCAGCAUGCUGUCCUACCUUCUGUGUCACCAUUAGCAACGCUGAUCUGCACAUUGCUCUCGAUAAUGCCUGCUAUUUUCCAUCUUUGGCUAAAACCUCGAGGACCCAGAGGAUUCCUUCAGUGCCUAAUCCUUUGCGCAUUAGGCUCAUUCAUGUUUGGCUGGCAUGUACAUGAAAAAGCUAUUCUCAUCGCUAUACUGCCUUUGAGCUUGUUUGCUGUGGAAAACAGAAAAGAUGCAGGAAUAUACCUUGUCUUAGUAACAACCGGGCAUUUUUCCCUCUUCCCACUUCUCUUCACGGGACCAGUGAUGAAGAAAUACCCUACAAGUGUUUCAACCGAGUAAGUUUGCCUGGUGAGUUACUAAAAUGGAUAAACUAGAUAGUCCUAGUUUAGUGCUAACCUAGCUGAUUUUGAACAAGGUGUCAAUUGGAGCCUUUGCAAAUUCUUUUAGUUUUUUUCCACCUUCAGUAUGUCCUGGCCAGACACAAGCACGCACACUCAAUAUGUAAAGGUGAUCCUUAUUGUACACCAUUUUAGUUCUCAAUCCCACUCCUGUUUUGACCUGUCUUAACUGCAGCAUUCUCCACUAUUAUAGUGAACUACAGUAUUGUGCAAAAGUCUUAGGCACGUAUACUGUAUAUAGUUAGGGUGUUGAAGAGUUUUGCACAGUACUGCUCAAACAAAAAACAACAAAUCUCAUAACGUGUGUGAGUAAUGAUAAACCAGAUUCUGCUAAGGGUCUCUAAUGUGGACUGAGAGUGGGAAGGGGGCAGGGAGAAGGGAAUCAUGGUGGGAAAAGGGGAAGGGAGAGGGGAGGGAGCAGGAAGCACCACAGCAACAUUCUGCAGUGAUCAGUAAACCAGUUGUUUGGAAUCAAAUGACCCUGCCUGGUGUUUCAGGGCUGGGUGUGUCUGUACCCAUGCCAACCCCUACCCUUGGCACUUCUUCUCUCUAUAACCCAUCCCACACCCUUCCACUGGCACUCCACCCUCACCAAUUCCAACAUCCUUCGCUUCUGCCAAAUUUGCAAACUUUCUCUGCUCCACAUUGACAAAUACAUGCGGUAGGAUAACUCUAGACAAUUUCUAGAGUAGGUUACGUGGUUGGCUCAACAUUGUGGGCCGAAGGGCCUGUAAUGUGCUGUAGAUUUCUAUGCUCUACAGUACUGUGCAAAAGUCUUAGGCACCCUAGUUGCUAAGAAUUUUCCACAGUACUGUAAAACAACAUUUUAUCUUCCACCUAGGCACUAGAAUGAAAUUCCAAGGCAUUUCAUACUUGCAUACAUUAAAAAAUAAGAGGUUCCUAGGAAAGUGUCAGACCGCUCAGCAGCAAAGCGGGUGCAGCACCAAAUGAGCACCACAUCAGUAUUCAGCAAAGAGGAGGACCUGGAGGGUAAUAAGUGGAGGGUGGGGUAUACUACAGUCCUCUGCAAAAGUCUUAGGCACCCUAGCUAUAUAUUUGUGUCUAGGAUUUUUGUACAGUGCUGUAUAUGUUACCAAGUCCUGCUGUGGGCAGUGCAGACACGAUGGGCCAAAAGGCCUGUCCCUGUGCUAUACUUUCUAUUUUAUGUGUGAAUUACAGAGGAUGCAGAGGAGUUGUACCAGGAUGCUACCCGGAUUAGGGAUCAUGUAUCGUGGAGUUAGGUUGAGUGAGCUAGGGGUUUUCUCUUUAGAGCGAGGGAGAUGCACAAAAUGAUAAGAGGCAUACAUAGAGUGGACAGCCAGGGGGCAUAAUUUUAAGUUGAGUGGAGGAAUGCAUUGGGGGGGGGGGGGAUGGUAAGUCUUUUACACGGCAUGAUGGAUGCAUGUAAGCCACUGCCAUGGGUGGCGAUAGAGGCAGAUAAAUUAGGGGCACUUAAGAAACUCUUAGAUAGGCACAUGGAUGAUAGGAAAAUGGAGGACUAUGUAGGAGGAAAGGGUUAGAUUGAUCUUAUGGUAGGUUAUAAGGUCGGCACAGUACUGUGGGCCAAAGGGCCUGUGAUGCGCUGUAGUGCUGUUAUAUAAUUCUCCAACUUCAGGUAAACUGUAUUCCCAUUUUCCCCCAUUAUUAUGUCAAUUUCUCAUCCUUUUUCUAUUGAAAUGUCUUGUUCAUGGUCAGUAUUUGUUCCUCAUUAUCUGAACUUUCUUAACCUAUCUUCAUAUAGCCUUUUGUAUAUGUACACCUUAAGCCUCCCCCAGCUCUGUUUUAAACAGUAAAGUCUCCAUUCUUCUCCUUCAUGCCACAGUUCCAAGGAAGGGUCGCUGGCCCAAAAUGUUGACUAGUUCUUCUUUCCACAGAUUCUGCCAAAACUGGCUGGGUUUUCUAGCAUUUCCGUUUUAGUAUCUGAACCUUUAUGUACAGAGAGGAGAAUUAAAAUUCUUGAAGAAGACAGUCCUGAUGAAGAAUCUCGGUCCAAAAUGACAACUGUUUAUUCCUCUCCAUGCUACCUGACUUGCUGAGGUCCUCCAGCAUUUUGUGUGCAUUGCUCAGGAUGAAAACUCAUUUGGUCUUAACCUUUUUCAUUAUUAUCCAGUGACUUCCUCUGGCAGUGAAUGCUCUUAAGGUUAGGUUGUGGUGCGGCAAUCUAUUCACCAUAUACCCUUGACCAUGAAGAAGCCCCCCUUCAUCCUGAAGAAGCCUCAGAAUCUCAUUGCCUAAAAGAGGGAAGACAAAUGCACAAAAGUAAAUACAAAUGGUGACUUUAAUUACGUGGUUCACACACUGUUGGGCAACAGAUGUCUUUUUUUUUUACAGUGUAGCUCCCCCUAUCUCCAGCUUCCCCUUUCUCAAAGACAUUAUGUAGGUGAGGUUAUUGAAUACCGAUCUUGGGAGAAAAUGCCACUAAUACAGUAUUGCUUUGCCUGACUCCUACCCUUCUUGAGAAUGGCACUUGCCAAAGUCUACCUAUUGAACUUUGAUUAGCCGUAUAAUAUUUGGCAGUUUUACUUACAAAGCAACUGAGCUAGCUUUUAAUCUAAACUUCCCAAAUACUAAAAGCUUCAGCUACAUGAAAUAUUUGUUACGUGUGUAUAACUGCAUCAUUGUUGGAGAAACAGCUUUUUAAAUUACUUUUCAUACUAAUGUGAGCAUGGCCUUUAUGCAAAGCUUUGCAAUGCUUCAAUUAAAAAGAAUCACCAUUUGAAGUAUAUUGUGUAUUUUUUUUAGGUACCACCUUUUAGAAAAUAAAUAUUGAUUUACAGAUUAGCAAGAAUGGUUCAUAAUUAUAAUAAAAUAUUAUAAACAUAAUGAAUAAGAACAGUUGAAAGGAUUAACAGACUGCUUAAACCUGGUUUGUCGUCUUUGUAUUUAGAAAGUUGAGGAAGAGACCUAUUCAAGAGCUUUAAAAAGAUUGCAUGGAAUAAAAUCACAGAAACUCGAGCCACUGAAUGUGGCCACUCAAUCUUUUUUAUUUCUUUCAGAAUAAAAACAAGGAAACUACUUCUUUUGGUAUCGGAAUCCAAAAAAAGGUGUAUAAUUUAGAGCUAGGAAGUGAAAUUGGGAUUAUUCAGUAGAACUUUGGAAAAUUUUAUUGAAAGUGCUGUGGAAUCUAGGUGAUUGACAACCUGGAGACAAUAGAUUUGUCAGAUCACCCAAGAAUAAUUUGUUACUUACAUGGAGCAAUCUGUGUACCAAACCUACGCUGGCACAUUCUUCAACUCUUUCUCCACUACAUUUACGACUGCGUUGGUCCCUUUCCUGCUUCAAAUUUCAUCCCCUCACCACCCACCCCGCCCUCAAAUUUACUCAGUCCAUUUCUGACACCUCUCUUCCCUUUUAUGAUAUUUCUUUCUCCAUCUCAGCAGACAGAUUAUCCACCAACAUCUUCUGCAAACGCACUGACUUCCAUAAUUAACCACGACUGUACCUCUUCCCACCCUGUCACUUACAAAGAUACUAUUCUUUUCUCUUGGUUCCUCCACCUUUACUGCUUCUAUUGUCAUGAUGAGGCUUUCUAUUCCAGGUCAUCUGAGAUGUUCACUUUUUUCAGAAAACAGGGCUCCCUCCUCACCACUGCUUUCAAUACCACCCAUUAUUACAUCUCUUCUACUUCCUGCAGGUCUACCCUCACCCAUCCUCCCCAGAAUAACAAGGAUAGAGUUCCCCUUAUUCUCACCUACUACCCCAUGAGCCUCUGCAUUUAACAGAAGGUGCUGUGCAAAAAUUUUAUGCACAUAUAUUUAGCUAGCGUGCCCAAGAAUUUUACACAUUACUGUAGUAAUUUUAUGUAUUGCACAGUACUGCUGCUGCAAAAAUAACAUAUGAUAUCUGUGAGUGAUGGUAAACCUGAUUCUGAUAUGGGUCUCUAUUGUGGACUGAGAGUGGGAAGGGUACAAGGAGAAAGGAAUCAUGGUUGGGAAAAGGGGAAGGGAGAGGGGAGGGAGUGGAACACACCAGAGGGACAUUCUGUAAUGAUCAAUAAACCAAUUGCUUGGAAUCAAAUAACCUUGUCUGGCGUCUUAAGCCUGGGUAUGUCUGUACCCAUGCCAACCUGCCCCUGACACUCCUUCUCUGCCUCCUGUCCCACACCCCUCCUCCUGUGCUCACCUCUCACCGUUUCCAACAUCCUUUGCUUCCACCAGAUUUACAAACUGACGCUCCGCUCCACAAGUACAACACUGUGCAAAAAUCUUAGGCGCCCAAGCUAUAUAUAUCUGUCUAAGUCUUUUACACAGUACGAUAUCAUCUCUGUAAUUUCUGGCUUUUUCAAUGGAAUCCCGCUACUAAGCACAUCUACCCCUCCCUACUCCUUUACAGUUUCCAUGGGGGUGCUCUCACUAUGACUUGUCCGUUCGUUCCUCCCACCCAUCCCCCAGCAGGCACUUAACCCUGCAACUAUGCUAUGUCCCGGUAUAGGAAUGUCAAAUAACAGAGGGCAUAGGUUUAAGGUGAGAAAGGGAAUGUUUAAAAGAGAUAUGCAAGGCAAGUUUUUUUUAUUAGAUUUAGAGUAGUAAAUGCCUCGAACACACUGCCAGGAAAAUGAUAGAAGCAGGUACCAAGGCAAAAUUUAGGAGGUACUCUAUUUAGAUGGACACAUAAACAAACAUGAAAAAGAGGGUGUGUAGAUGGAUGGGAUUAGUUAGAUUGGGAUCAUGGUUGGCACAGACAUGGUGGGCCAAAUGCCUGUCUGUGUGCUGCAUUCUGUUCUAGCUAUUCAAUAACAGUACAGCACUGGUGACACACACAGGGAUUCAGCAGGCCAGGUAGCAUCUAUGGAAAAGUGUAUAAUCGAUGUUUCUGGCCAAGACCCUUCAGCAGGACUGGAGAAAAAAAAGAUGAGUAGAUUUAAAAGGUGGGGAAGAGGGGAGGGAGAAACACGAGAUGUUUGGUGCUGCGUGGUCUGCUGAGUUCCUCCAGCAUUUUGGGUGUGUUGGAUUUCCAGCAUCUGCAGAAUUUCUCUUGUUUGUGACAGGUUGGUGAAUUACUUAUGCAUCUCACAUUGAGGUUGGUGCUGUGCUUUUGACUUCUGUUUUUCU